UCUCUUUUCUCCGCAUCCAUCCUUAACAACCAUUCAUUCAACAUUUCUCACUCUGACACGUUCACUCACUUUUUACGCCGAUCCCUCUCCCUCUGAACUUCCAUGGAGUCCUCUGCAACCAUCUCCAUGAAAGCCUCUUCCUACUAUGUUUAUCGUUUCUCUGUCUCCCCAACCACUGCGCCCAACCGCAGCCACUUUUCCCACAAAACCCAAUUUCCUUCUUUUUCCUUUAGGUCGCUCAAUUGCGUCCACUCUGAUUCCAAACCCAUUUCUUCUCAUAACCCUAACUUUUCUCGCAUUUCAUGCUCCGCUGUUGCUUUCUCUCCCUCACUUACCACUGAUCUCGUGCCUGCUAAACUACAGCACCUGAUAAACGAAUUCCAGUCCCUGCCGGAAACAAUCGACCGCGUGAAACGGGUCCUUCACUAUGCCUCUGUUCUCCCUCCUUUUCCGGACUCUUCCCGGGUGGACUCCAACCGGGUCAUGGGAUGUACGGCCCGAGUAUGGCUCGAUGCCCAGUUAGAUCACUAUGGAAAGAUGAGAUUUUUAACUGACAGCGAUUCGGAGAUUACGCGAGGGUUUUGUGCUUGUUUGUUAUCGGUGCUGGACGGGGCUGCACCUGAAGAGGUGUUGAGCGUGAAGACAGAGGAUUUGGCGGCGCUGAACGUGGGGUUACCAGGCAGCGAAAGAUCAAGAGUAAACACUUGGCAUAAUGUGUUGGUGAGUAUGCAGAAGAGGACGAAGAAAUUGGUGGCGGAAAGGGAAGGGAAGAAGCCUUUCGAUCCAUUUCCUUCAUUGGUUAUCACUUCAGAGGGUAUACAGGCCAAGGGAAGCUACGCUGAAGCACAGGCAAGAUAUCUAUUACCGGACGAGUCCAAGGUUCAAGAACUUGUCAACGUGCUAAAGGAGAAGAAAAUUGGUGUUGUUGCUCACUUUUACAUGGACCCUGAAGUUCAAGGCGUUUUAACUGCUGCACAAAAGCACUGGCCUCACAUCCAUGUAUCUGAUUCAUUAGUCAUGGCAGAUAGUGCUGUCAACAUGGCAAAAGCUGGAUGCAAAUUCAUAACGGUCUUGGGUGUUGAUUUUAUGUCAGAAAAUGUACGUGCAAUUCUUGAUCAAGCUGGAUUUGGAGAGGUUGGUGUUUAUAGGAUGUCAAAAGAGCGCAUUGGUUGUUCUUUGGCAGAUGCUGCAUCUAGCCCUGCUUACAUGAAUUAUCUUGAAGCAGCUUCGAGGUCUCCAAAUUCUUUGCAUGUUGUCUACAUAAAUACUUCACUUGAGACAAAAGCUUAUGCUCAUGAGCUUGUGCCUACAAUCACCUGUACUUCUUCUAACGUUGUGCAGACUAUCCUGAAGGCUUUUACUCAAAUUCCAGAUUUAAAUGUGUGGUAUGGGCCUGAUUCAUACAUGGGUGCCAAUAUUGCUAAACUGUUUCAACAAAUGACAGCGAUGACAGAUGAUGAAAUUACUGAAGUACAUCCAGCACAUAAUAGAGACACUAUAAGAGCGUUGCUACCUCGUUUGCAUUAUUAUCAGGAUGGAACGUGUAUUGUUCAUCAUCUUUUUGGGCAGGAAGUCGUGGAUAGAAUAAAUGAGAUGUAUUGUGAUGCAUUCCUAACUGCUCACCUUGAGGUCCCUGGAGAAAUGUUUUCUUUAGCAAUGGAAGCAAAGAGGAGAGGAAUGGGGGUAGUAGGUUCCACCCAAAACAUAUUAGAUUUUAUAAAGCAGAGAGUUCAAGAAGCACUAGAUAGGAAUGUGAAUGAUCAACUCCAAUUUGUGUUAGGCACAGAAUCAGGAAUGAUUACUUCAAUUGUUGCAGCAGUUCAGCAUCUGUUGGGUUCUGCAAAGUCUUCUGGGGGAGCAAAAAUUAACGUUGAAAUUGUCUUUCCGGUCUCAUCAGACUCGAUAACCAGAACAUCAACAAAUUCAUCUCCUGAUCAAGAAUCAGUAGAAGCAGGGGACAUUGUCUUACCUGUUGUACCUGGAGUUUCUAGCGGGGAGGGAUGUUCUAUUCAUGGCGGCUGUGCUUCCUGUCCAUACAUGAAGAUGAACUCUCUUAGUUCCCUUAUAAAAGUUUGCCAGCACCUGCCUGAUGAAAAAAAUGCCAUUGCCUCAUACGAGGCUGAGCGAUUUAAACAUCAAACUCCCAGUGGAAAGUCAAUUGCAGAUGUUGGAUGUCAACCUAUACUGCAUAUGAGACACUUCCAGACUACAAAAGAAUUGCCGGAGAAACUUGUUAAUGAUGUUCUUCACCUCAACACCAACGGGAAGACAAUAUCAUAAAGCUGAAAAUGUCUUCCUCGUCUCAGAAGUUGAUGAGAUGAUAAUUUAUAGAGAAGCCAGACACGAAAGGGGUCCUAAAUGCGAGAGAGUUCGCCCAUAAGAGAAGAUUUUUCACCUUAGCAUGUGGUUCAAUCUUUAUUUUUUUAGCCACACUGCUUUUUUACUUUGUCAACAGUAUAGUUUAGCAUUAGAUUGUCAUCUUUUUCCUCUUUAUAAUCGAGAAAUUUGUAACUCGAUUGAUAUCAUUUCUGUUAAUUUUGAUAUUUAGAAUAAAAGAAUUUAAAUAUUGUUAACUUUAAAAA